GGAACAAAAGUGAAGCUCAAAUAUUGAAUUGCUCUAGAAAUAGUGUGAGAAAGUACAAAGUAACUCACAAUUAAGUCUUUCGAAAUUCCCCUAAAAUUGGCUUAUCAAUUAAGUGCUGCAAAUUUACAAGUUUUAUUGUCGGUGUUUGCUCCCUGCUAAAAAAAAUCCUAUCGGCGUGGGUGGAUAUAAAAAGUGAGAGGAAGAACUAUGGUGUUGUCAGUCGUAUAUUUUCAACCCUACUGUUUCCUCAUCUUUUGAUCCAAGAGAACAUUCAACGAGUGAAAAAGCUGCUGUGUGGAAGUUGUGCAAAACCCCAUCUAAAAUAAUGAGAAAUCUACUUGAUCUUGAAGUUUUCACCCUUGUGACCAUUUUUCUGGGAUUUUUGCAACAUACCAGUGGCACUGGGACCCAUACACCCAAUAAUGGAGUAAAUCCAUUUCAAAAUAACGCCAAUCGAGCUACCUACGGCGUAUGUACCAGUACGGUAGGUUAUGGAACAUGCAUGAGACGAGCAGAUUGCUUGAGAGAUGGUGGAGAAACUCCACCAGGGGAUUGCGAUAGAAAAGGAACUUACUGCUGUACUGCUUUCCUGGGAUGCGGUGGCUCAGCUCACUUGAAGAGAGUAUACAUUGAACGGCCUGAGGUUUUCGAAACGUCUUGCAAUCACAACAUCAUUAUGAUUAAUGAAAAUAUCUGCCAGUUGAGACUUGAUUUUGAAGAAUUUGAACUAGCUCCACCAUUUGAUGUCGGAGGUACCCCUACGUGUAUUUUUGAUAACUUCCAGGUGAAAGAUUUCCAACUAUGUGGUGUGAAUGAUGGACAACAUGUGUAUGUUGAUGUAACGCCUGGGACACAGCUAAAUGUGGAGUUAACGUUCACUUUAACGGAUCGCAUGGUAAAUCCUGGUUUAGUGAAUCCACGGUGGAGAAUCCUUGUGACACAAAUUGAGUGUCCACCAGCAGUUGCCACAUUGAGGGAUGGAAGAAAUUUAAUUGAUGAGAGUGUUCCAUAUGAGCAGUAUAUUCCAGAAAUCACGAGGGAGCCCAAAGUGUACCAUACAGCACCACCGGCCUAUGUCCUCGAUCAGGCUAUUCUGGCGCCUCGGGGAUGUUUGCAGUAUUUCCCAAAUCCCAGUGGAAUAAUUGAAUCAUUCAAUUUUCAAAAUGGCAGAGGCACAUAUCCAGGAAAUAUGAACUAUGCUAUUUGCUUUAGAAGACGACCAAAUGACAAGAGAAUCUCAUUCACAUCUCACUUCUUCCAAUUGGGCUUCACAAUUCUCUCGGCGGAUAACGAGGGCUACGAUAAUAUUUGCUUCACCCAAAUUGAGUCACCGGGACGUUCGGAAGAUUACCUCUUCAUCCCUCAAGCGGUACGACAGAGCUUCCCCAAUGUACGUGCUAGCUAUUUCUGCGCCCAGAGUUUAGCAAACACUUCUGUUAUUGCCACCCAAUCAGGCCCAUUCGUCAUUCACUUCAACAGCGACUCGCUGUACGACUCCCAACGACCAGAAAUUGGAUUUCGGAUGAGCUAUCAAAUCAGUUAAACGAUUUCUCUCCGCCUUCGUGUGCCGCUCAUACAACUCUCCCCCUUAAGAUUUAUACAAAAAUGAUGGAUUGAGCACUUUUUAGCAGAAAUAUAUAUACAUACAUAUGUAUAAUUUGGUAGAAAUAUAUAGCUACGCAAUGUAUAUCAUACAUAUCUAAAAUCCUAAUAAAAUAUAUAUUCACAUACAAAUGUUUACAUCUCUGUCUAUAAGAUGAAGUGGAUUUUUCCAAAUGUUCUUAUACCCCCUCCUAUUCA